AUGGAAUUCGCUGGGACUCCAUCAGAAUCUCGGAUUUAUAGGCACUUGGCUAAUAAAUCAAGUGUACACUUCAAUAGAAUUUGCUGGAACUCCAUUAGAAUCUGGGGACGUAAGGACACUUGGCCUAUACCCAGUGAUAUGCCUGGUCGACGGCAUACAGGCAGCGCGCGUGCGGGACUAAUUUGGAACCAACGUGGCCCGACGGCAGCGGCGUGUGAACAGCAUGGAAGACUGGGAUCUGGGUGGAGCAACUGGUGUAACGGCUUGCCGGCGUGGGGUUGUGACUGGCCGGAGGUCGGAGCUUCGUCGAAAAAUAGUGCAAAUGGCUGGAUUUUGUGCUUGAGGCUAUGGAGGUGGAUAGAUCUAGAGUUUUGGGUGGUUAAAGAUGGAAUGAGGAGUGUUGGGAGAUGA